CAGUUAUGAGUUUAGAAAGCGACGAUACAAGUGUAAAUUUUUAUCAAGACAAAGAUUACAAUAACGAAGUAUAUUGGGAAUGCCUAAUAUUAAAAAAGUCUCACGAGGAAAAGAAAGAGCCACAAAACGAAGAAUUAAUAUCGACUCACCAGAAAUUAGACGAAAGUUACAAUACAUCGAAGAGCAGCCUAAUAAAGGACAUAACGAAUACGAAUAUAGAGAGUUGCUCAAUGAAUAUUAUACCAUCACUGGAAACGAACACGCCUUACGAAAAAGCAAUUCAACUACUGAAAUCCCGCUACUACAGCAACAGAGCGAAACAACUAUCGACGGAGAAGGCUCUAGCAAAAUGUUUGGAAGAGAAAAUAAUUUUAAUGACACCAGAACAGAAUCUAGAAACGCUAUCGUAUCAGGAUGUCAGCUGGAUAGUGAAGAAGGAUCAAAAACUAUUCCUCCAAAGUGCGAAAAUGUUACUGAAAGCGAAAAAGAAACAGAUACAACAAGCGGAGAAAACAUUAUUGAAAUUUCGUCAGACGAGGAAUGGGUCGAAGAGAUUGAGGAAAAAGAAACCAUUGCAUGCUGCGACGACAUUACCCGUACUAACAGAUGCGCAGAAUUAAAGUUAGAUAAUUCGGAACUACUAUGUUUUAACAAAGAAUUAAAGCGAGGCUUUGAUAUUUUCCAUGUUAUUCAUACAGGGAAACCAACAACAUCAAUAUGGUACAACCAAAAGGAAACGAAAUGCGACGCCCUGGACCUUUGCUCUAAGACCCACACAAUAUGUAAAUACUUUGAUGGAAAAGAGAGCGAACAUUCAGGGCAACUUCACACCAACGUUAUCCUCGCCAGCUAUGUCUUGGACAAAUCCGAACGAAGUCCCGAAGGUGAACAACUCAGAAUUCGAAGAGCAUAUUUCAGAGAACGACAAUACCUCUGCAGGGGAUGUGCCGACAUCACAAGAAAACGGUACGGACACUACUGUCACAUCUGCAACUUGAGAAUUUCGGUUAAGCACGUUACUACCGCUUCUUACUACAAGAAUGCUGUUGUGUACGUGCUUGAACGUGAUUAACUACGUAAAAUCGCACAUUACAUUUGACUUAGACAAUAUACCAGACGAAACAAUAAUAACAAAACGCCAACCGUUAAAACAACAACAAAAACAUAACCUCGCAACUUACUUAUUUAAACACAACAUAAUGAACUCCAGACAUUAUGACGACGAACUGGCCAGAAGCGAAGAACUUAGACAACUAUAAUUCACUAUACAACUGAAAGAUCUUGAAAUUAUAAAGAAGACAAUAUUCCGAUAGGUGUACUUACAACAACGUAACAUAGACGUACUAACGCCUAGGAUAGUUGUAUCAAACAACAAAUCACGUUUGGGUGCUCUGAUGUUCUUCCUAUCUAACAUCGCACUACAAAACCAAAUCUCAGUCAAUAGGCUAAAACAGUUACUUUGCAACUUUAUCUUCAACUUAAACCAUAAAAAACGAGGACUCAUUCUAUGUGGACCAUCAGAUUCAGGUAAAACAUUUCUUGCUAAUCUAUUAUAUUCUAACUUUAAGCCUCAUGAAAUUGGGUACUUCAACUGUCCCACUGGACCUAAUCCAUCUGCUUUCCUACUUCAGGCAUUAAGUAACUGUUUAGCUUAUAGAUGCGACGAAAUGGUUUUCGAGCACCUAGGCGUGAUUCAGUUGAUGAAACAACUAUUAGAAGGAUCAAACACCCUUACAACAGACGUGAAAUACAAAGAUGCGAUGUUAAUCGACCCACAUCCAACUUUAAUCACCAUGAAUUCUACAUCAAAGUUCGACAUAUUAAAAUGGCAUCCCUCCGAGUAUCAAGCGUUUGAAAAUAGGUGUACGAUACUUUUCCUAGGCACACCUUUGCUUAAUAUAUUCAAUGACAAGGAAUUACAAGAAAUAAACACUUGUGGACCUGAGUUAUUGUAUAUGUUAAGCAUGCACAAACUAGACAAAGACACAUGCACUGCAGGGGUUUCGGACAAAUUUCAGGAUUUUAUUUUUUUAUAAUAAAAACAAUAUAUAUGUAAAUAAUUUUAUUAAAAUACAUAAUUUACAACAA